UUUCAACUUCAACUUCGUUUUUCUCCAUCGCUGAAAAUGAGCAGUUCAGAGAACGUGUUUGCAGAGGUGAUUGAAGUUGCAAAGUUCAUUGAUGAAUUUCGCGGUCACUACUUUGCCCUGCCAAGCUACCAGGAAAAAAUCGACUUAUUGAAGGACCAAAUCGAACACGCUCUCGAAAAACUCGACGCAAUUCCAAUAGAAAAGAGGGAAUCGCAAGAUGAGGCAGCAAUGUACUUGUAUUUGAGAGGAAAACUACUGGAUGUAUCUCCUGCUUAUAAUCAGGAAGCAGAACGUCUUCUGACGGAUGCUGUUAAGUUGAAUUCCUCUGUGGUGGAUGCGUGGAUAUGCCUAGGAACUUGUGUUUGGAAGAGAGGAGAUCUGGAUAAAGCUAAAAGUUGCUUCAACUCUGGCCUUGAGCAGGAUCCGAAUAAUAAGCAACUAUUACUUCAAUUAUCAGUGCUUGAAAGAAGACAGUGCAUAGGCGCAACAGAGGUUGAGAAUCCAGUAGAAAUCAUUAACGACUGUAUCAAACAUGUCAAGGAAGCAAUCGCUCUGGAUAUCCAGGAUGGAAUAUCAUGGUACAUCCUAGGAAACUCAUGUCUCACUGCCUAUUUUGUGACGGGAUGUUGGGACAUUAAUAUGCUUCUGCAGUCACUAAAAGCAUACAAGAAUGCUGUGAGUAUGCAUCUCGCCAAUUUACCUUGGCAUUAA